AUGCGCCAGCGGCAGUUCAACGGCCCACAGCUGCCCAAGGAGCUUCGCGACCAGUUUGGCGGAGAUCCUGCCAAUCGAAGGCGCGGCGGUCAUGUGCGCGGCGGCUCGCUGAAUCGAACGGAUCGUAGGAAAGCAGAGCGGGAGGCGAAAAGGUCACAGAAGCAACAGAAGCCGAGUCAUCCUAGGAUACACAAUGCGCAGUCGAACAAAGGGCACCGUGAGACCAAGCCUAAAGAUGAGGAGGACAAUAUGGAUUGGAGCGAGGAGGACGAGCCAGCACCACCUCCGGCACGAACUCCCCAAGUACUAGCUAAGGGUAUUCUGAAGAAGACGCAAGUAUCUCCUGUCCGCGUUACCGAAGCGUCAUCUCCGCCACCCUCUGUUAAGGUAUCUCGGGCUGUGAAGGACAAACUCGCACAAGACGACGCGAAAAUCGCAGCUUUAGAGAAGAAGCUGGGAAUGAAGCGGAAGAAGAAAUCAGAGGGAACGGGUGACGGUCUGGACGACAUCUUUGAUGAUUUGGGAGACUUUGGUAGCGACGAAGAUGGCCUGAGAGCCAACCCGUCGAAACGAAAACGAGAUCAGGAUGACGAGUGGUUGGCAAGCAAGCGGCAUAAAGCACUUGGCGAACCAGCGCGAACAACACCAGACGAAGUCUCGGAUAUUGCUGGCUUGGACUCAGAUGCUCCAGACUCCAAUGAGGAAUUAGAUAUUGAGGGGGACAAUGAUGGAUUAGAAGAUUCAGAAGAUUCAGAAGAAAACGACGUGGAUGGUAGCGGAUCAGAUUUCGAAGGCUUCGACUCCAAAGAAGACGUGGACGAGGCACCUCGCGUACGAGAAAACCCCUACAUCGCGCCAGUACCCGCGGGUGCCACCCCCGCUAGAUACAUACCCCCAGCGCUACGAGCACCGCCUUCUUCAGAUGCCGAAGCCCUUGCUCGACUACGUAGGCAAACUCAAGGUCUCCUCAACAGGCUCUCUGACGCCAACAUGAUGUCGAUCCUGAAAGACAUCGAGAAACUUUACCAGAACAACCCCCGUGGCUAUGUUACCUCUACCCUUGUAGAUAGUCUUAUUGGCAUCCUUGCAGACCCGACAACGUUGAUCGACACAUUCCUGAUCCUGCAUGCUGGCUUUAUAGCGGCCCUAUAUAAGGUCAUCGGUCCAGAUUUUGGUGCCCAGAUGUUGGAGCGUAUAAUACUUGACUUUGACCGACAGUAUCAACCCAACAAGGAGGGCACGGGAAAGCAAACUACCAAUCUUAUUUCCGUCUUAGCUGAGUUGUAUUGCUUUCAAGUGGUUGGAUGCAAGGUAAUCUUCGACUACAUCAAGCUUUUCCUUGACGAGCUCUCGAGUAUUAACACGGAACUGCUGCUUCGGAUAGUGCGGGUGUCAGGCUCACAGCUCCGGCAAGACGACCCUUCUUCGCUCAAAGAUAUUGUCAUACUGCUCCAGAAGUCCGUGGCCAGGGUGGGCGAGAAGAAUUUACCCGUACGAACGAAAUUUAUGAUCGAGACCAUCAACGAUCUCAAGAAUAAUCGUAUGAAGACAGGUGUCGCGGCUUCGGCCAUAGUGCGCGAACAUACCAUCAGUAUGAAGAAGCAGCUGGGAACCCUCAAUACGAGGAACUUGAAAGGCAGUGAGCCUUUGCGAAUAGGUCUGGCUGACAUUAGGGACACCGACAAGAAGGGCAAGUGGUGGCUCGUAGGAGCAAGCUGGCGGAGCAACAUGGCUGAGAAACCCCAGGAACCAAAAAGUCAGAAAGAUGAAGAUGAGAAUGAGCAAGUCGAUGGUGAGGUUAACGGGGACGAUGGCGAAGUUGAUCUCUUGCAACUUGCCAAAGAACAACGUAUGAAUACGAAUGUCCGUCGAGCCAUCUUCGUAACGGUCAUGUCGUCUAGCGACUACAAGGACGCGCAUAUUCGCCUGUUAAAGCUCAGGCUAAAGAAAGCAGAAGAAAUGGAGAUACCUCGGGUUAUCUUGCAUUGCGCAGGCUGUGAAGAUGUAUACAACCCCUACUACACCGCCCUGGCACGGAAGUUUUGCACUGAUCACAAGUCGCGGAAGUCUUUCCACUUUGCGUUGUGGGAUAUUUUCAGAAAGCUAGGGGAAAAGAAACCUGACGACGAUGCAUCGGAUGACGAAGAGGACUUGGAAAGCGACAUGUCUCUACGCCGCAUCGUCACGCUCGGCAAGCUCUACGGCACGCUCAUCGCCAAUGGCGAUCUAGCCAUCGUUGGUCUGAAAACGCUCAAUUUCCCGUACUUGAAACCGAAAACGAAGACACUGAUUGAAGUACUUCUUGUGACGAUCAUACUGGAAUCACAGAAGGGUCACAAGGGCAAGCGCAACGAGAAGGCACUGCUGAAUAUCUUCGUCAACGUGGAUGCGGUUCCAGAGAUGGUUACUGGCUUACAAUAUUUCCUGAAGAAAGUUGUCAGUAAGACGGAAAUCACGGCGAAUAACAAGGAGAAAGACACGGUAAAAUGGGCAUGUAAGAUCAUCAUGGGGAUGCUGGAGCGUUUGAUGGCGACGACCACGCUCGAGGAGGAUUGA